AUGCCUCAAUUCAACGUCACCUUGAAGAGCAACGCUCCCCCCGAGGAGUUGGAAAAGGCCAAGGAAACCGCAAAGGAAAAGGGUGGUGUGAUCAAGCACGAAUACAGCCUCAUCAAAGGUUUCAUUGUUGAGUACCCUGAUGGCCACAUCGACACGCUCGAGUCCAGUGAGCACGUCCACGUCGAACAGGACGGUGAAGUGAAGACACAGGAUGAUUAG